UCGGCAAUGGUCGCUGUUCGCUGCCGCUUCCUCUUCCUCCUCCUCUUCUUCUUCACCUUCUCCCCUUACCUCUCGGUUUCCUUGUCCGAGCAGGAAGCCUUGCUCAAGCUCAAGGGAUCCCUCACCAACACCACGGCCUUGAGCAACUGGGUCCCCAUCCCCGGUUCGACGUCCCCAUGCAACUGGACCGGAGUCCAAUGUACCAAAAACGGCACCGUCCUCCAUCUUAUGCUCCUUAAAAUGGGCCUUUCUGGAACAAUCAAUUUUGAAGCCUUGACACAACUCAAGGACCUCCAAACAAUUAACCUUGCGGACAACAACUUCUCAGGGAAGAUCCCAGAUUUCAACGUACUUGGAGAUUUGAAGAAUCUUUUCCUGUCUGACAACGACUUCUCCGGCGAAAUCCCAAAUGAUUACUUCUCCAAAAUGAUCUCGUUAAAGAAACUUUAUCUCUACAACAACAAUUUCUCCGGCCAACUCCCGGAAUCUCUAACUCAAUUGAAAAACCUGGCGAACCUUCAACUCCAGAACAACCAAUUCUCCGGCCAAAUCCCGGAAUCUAUAACACAGUUGGAUAAUCUGGAGGACCUUCAACUCCAGAGCAACCAAUUAUCUGGGGCCAUCCCUGACUUAAAAGUGAAAUCUUUUAAAACACUAAACUUGUCUAACAACAACUUCGAGGGUGCAAUCCCGGAUGCCAUGUCCGGAUUACCACCAUCGUCUUUUGAAGGAAAUGAAGGACUUUGCGGCAAGCCACUCGACGAGCCAUGUGGAGAUGAUGCACCUUCACCAUCCCCAACUGCUCCAGCAAAUGCCCCAACUACAGAGCAGCCUAAACCUCCUGCAGGAACACCAAACAAAUCGCCAUCGGCGAAGGAUGAGAUGAACAAGUCCUACACCAUCAAGAUAGUUGUCGGCGUGAUUGCUGGCGUGCUGGUUCUGAUGUUGCUGGUGGUAGUAAUAAGGCGCAAGAGGCAGAGGAAAGAAGAACAGUUUAGUGUUCUUGGGAAGGAGAACAUGGAGGAUCAUGUGCCUCAACACCAUGGGGAGGUGGUUGAAGUUCAUGUUCCGAGCUCUAAUAGCAGGAGUAUAGGUAGCACUACUGCUAGUACUGCGCCGGCCGCAAUGUCAAGGUCGGCCAGUAGGAAGAAAGCUGGGGAUUCCAAGAAGGGUUCACAUAGCGGGAAGAUUAAUAAUGGAGGGAAUAGUAAUGAUUUGUUGAUGGUGAAUGACCAGAGAGGCACGUUUGGAUUGCCGGAUUUGAUGAAAGCUGCCGCAGAGGUUUUGGGGAAUGGAGGAUUGGGCUCAGCUUACAAAGCAGUGAUGAAUAAUGGGUUGUCUGUGGUGGUGAAGAGGAUGAGGGAGAUGAAUAGAUUAGGGAGAGAGGGGUUUGAAGCUGAGAUGAGAAGGUUCGGAAGAUUAAGGCAUACGAAUAUUUUGACUCCCUUGGCUUACCAUUAUAGGAGAGAAGAGAAGCUGUUGAUUUCAGAUUACAUUACUAAAGGCAGCUUAUUGUAUGUUUUGCAUGGCGAUCGAGGAGUAUCUCAUUCAGAGCUGACCUGGGCUACCCGUUUGAGGAUUAUCCAAGGUGUUGCGAGUGGGAUGGAGUUUCUGCAUACUGAAUUUGCAGCCUAUGAUUUGCCCCAUGGAAAUCUCAAGUCAAGCAAUAUUCUUUUAAAUGAUGAUUAUGAGCCAGUUCUCAAUGACUAUGCUUUAUUUCCACUAAUGAAUCCAAACAAUGCCGCGCAAGCAAUGUUUGCUUUUAAGACACCAGAGUACAUAGAGUCCCAGCAAAUAUCUCCAAAAUCUGAUGUUUAUUGUCUAGGAAUAGUCAUUCUCGAAAUCCUUACCGGAAAAUUCCCAUCUCAGUAUCUAAGCAAUGGCAAAGGUGGGAUUGAUGUUGUUCAAUGGGUGCAAUCAGCAAUGGCCGAGCAGAGAGAGCAAGAGCUGCUAGACCCAGAGAUUGAAAGCAAUGCAGAAUCAGUGAAGCAGAUGCUGCAGCUUCUUAAAAUCGGAGCUGAUUGCACUGAGAGUAAACCUGAUCAAAGACCUGACAUGAGGGAGGCCAUUAGGAGGAUACUCGAGGUACAAGCCUGAUGAGACGCAUUUCUACCAAGAUGCUGGUAUGUGCAGAAAAAUACUGUUGGUUU